AUGUCGUCUCGUCUAUUGCAUUCAGCCACUAAAAGAGGUCUCAAGUCUCUUAUUCCUCGUAAACCUCUUUUGAACACGUCGAUUCUAAAGCGAUCGGAAGCCACACUAAGCAACCCUUCAGAGUUCCCUACGCAUGUUCAAGAGUAUUCCAAGAGCUCGCCUGGUUUAUGCAAAGUGACCACAUUACCAAAUGGGAUCCGAGUUGCCUCUGAGAAUACCCCUGGUCAUUUUGGUGCAGUGGGUGUUUAUAUGGAUGCUGGUAGUCGAUAUGAAACCGAAAAGACAAGAGGUGUCAGCCAUAUUUUGGAUCGAUUGGCGUUCAAGAGUACCGCCAAUCGUAGUGCUGAUCAAGUAGUGGAAGAAUUGGAAUCAUUGGGCGGCAAUAUUAUGUGUUCUUCAUCAAGGGAAUGCAUGAUGUAUCAAUCGGCUAUUUUCUCUCAAGACUUGGACCGUGUCAUGUCCCUUUUCUCUGAUGUUAUUCUACGACCCAACAUUGAACCUUCCGAAGUGGAUGAACAACGUAUGACAGCCAUGUAUGAAAUCGAAGAGAUUUGGUCAAAGCCUGAAAUGAUCCUUCCUGAGAUACUGCACACAGUCGCUUAUCAAGGCAACACGCUCGGCAAUCCAUUACUUUGUCCUCCUGACAACCUUGCUACCAUGUCACCUGAUCUCAUCAAGGAUUAUAUGAAAGAUUGGUAUAGACCGGAGCGUAUGGUCAUUGCAGCUUGUGGUGCCGAGCAUGAUCAAGUAGUGGAACUUGCUUGCAAAUACUUUGGUGAUGUCCCAAAGUCAAAGGAGUUAUUGGAUUCGGUUGAGACACACAAUGAAGCACUUCGACAACAAGCAGCCAAUGCCGAAAAGGCCGCCAACAAGCCAUCGCUUAUGAAGUCCUUAUUCAAAUCAUCUUCAAGUGGCAACCAGGCUCAAACACCUUAUGAACUUGCAACCCAACCAGCACUUUAUACGGGUGGAUCCACUUUUCUCGAUGCUGGUGUGGAUGCACCAUUGACACAUGUCUAUGUCGCCUUCGAAGGUCUUUCGAUUAACGAUCCCGAUAUCUAUACGCUUGCAACCCUCCAAAUCCUUCUCGGUGGUGGUGGAUCUUUCUCAGCGGGUGGUCCCGGCAAGGGCAUGUAUUCACGAUUGUUUACCCAUGUUUUGAAUCAGCACUAUUGGGUUGAAUCAUGUCAAGCAUUCAAUCACUGCUACACUGAUUCUGGUUUAUUUGGUAUUGCUGGAUCAUGCCGUCCCGAAUAUGCCAAUGCAUUAUUGGAAGUCAUUUGCCGUGAAUUGGAUAUGGUCUCUCGAUCCGAUGUGAACGAGUACUUGCGAGUCAAUGAUCAAGAAUUGAGCCGUGCCAAGAACCAACUCAAGAGCUCCUUGUUGAUGAAUUUGGAAAGCCGAAUGGUGCAAUUAGAGGAUCUUGGUCGACAAGUACAAGUCCAUGGUAAAAAGACGGGUAUUGAUGAGAUGUUGGAGAACAUUGAUCGUGUCGACGUAUCCGAGUUACAACGUGUGGCAUCAAGAAUUGUUCGUGGAGCAGUUGGCAUAUCAACCGGUGGCUCUGGAAAGGCAUCUGUUGUCAUUCAAGGUCAACUACGUGGUCUUACCGAUGUCAACAAGGUCAUUGAAAAGUAUGGUCUUGGUAGCGGACAACAAUAG